CUGUUGACAAUUGGAAAAUUUUGUUUCUAAUUCCUCCAAAAAAGAAAAAUACAAAUUUAUAAUUUCUUAAAAUAAUAAAGCAUCUGAAUUUUUUUUAAAUACAUUUAUUUUGCUCAGAAUUUUAGUCGAACGGGAAAAUAAUUGAGUGGAAUUUUCAAAAUGCUGCCGAAUAUGUGUUCAAGACGAAUCACUGGCCUACAUUUGACGGGAAAAGGAUAUGGUCCGCAAGCAAAAAUUCCACCUAAAUAUACGGAGGAAGAUUGGGAUUACAAUAAUCAAGUGAAAUUUCGCAUUACCUGUGAUCAGGAACGUUUGGCGGAGCGUAUUGUCGAGGAGUCUCAACGAAUCGUAGACGAAACCAAAGACACAACUAAGAAUUGGCAGCGCGAGGUAGAACAUCAUAUGCGUGAGCGCACUAGUGAAAUUCGGUUUUUAUUAGAUGAAUUGAAUAGGCAGAAGAAGACGGCCAUGCUGGAGGAUGAAGCGUUAAAUACAUAUCGCAAUCGUGUACUCAAUGCCAUUGACUUCCUGAAAGAGAAAUCCAUGGCUAUAAAUCAACGUUGUCAGAUAUUGCGUGAGGGUCGCAUUGGCGUCGAUUUAUGCGAUGACGAAGUGGAUCGUUGUUUGCGUCGCGAAUUGAAGGUGGUUAAAGGUUGCCAGUGUUUAAUGGAUCGGUCACUUAAGGAGGCAACCGAACAGAUACGCAGUCUACGAGCUACUAUGUAUCUAUUGGAUAAAGAUUUGGCUCAGAAGGAUAAAUCCUUGUUGAUUGAUGAGAAUAAUUUAACGUUACGUGAUUCACAACGUAAUAUGAGCACUGGCAAAGAUCUCUCCAAUCUGGAAUGCCGCUACUCUCUUGGUGAAUGGCAACAUAAAACCUACAAAAACAUUGAGGAUAAUGCCAAAGAGUUGACUUCAGCCUCUCAAUUGCGUGCAUAUAUCGAUUUGUUGUUGAAGCAGGUGUGUGAGGAUAUGCAAAAUCAGACCGAUCGCACCAAUGAGGCAUUCGAACGUCGUAUUUCCGAGAUGAAGCAUGUGAAGAAGUGUUUGGAGGACAAGCACAACGACUGCAUGACACACAUACACGAAAUGCAACGCAACAUUCAGCAAUUGGAAAAAGAGCUUGCAGAUAAGCAGCGUUCAAUGACUCUCUGCCAGACACGAUUGAGCAAUCGAGCACGCCGUCCUGGCCUUGAAUUGACCUGCGAUAGUGUGCAAGAUGCUCUUUACCACGAAAUGGAGGCCCUGCAGGCUUCAAUGUGUAAACUAAAUCAGAAGAUCAAUGAAAAUAAAGCAUCUUUGCGCUAUUUACUACACGUACAGAUAAUGCAGGAGGAGGAGAUCAACAUAAAGGCGAAUAGCAUCAAAAUUGAUGAGGUGGAUUGCAUGACAAUUAGGCAAUCUCUAAAAUACCAAUCAUUCUAAAGGGGGGUUGCAUUAGUCAAAAAACAUUUGUGCAUUUAUAUUUAUUUAUGAUAUAUGUACGUAUUAGAAUGUUAGGAUUUGCAUUUCCUCAAAUUGAAAACAAUUUAAAAACACUACUACAGUUACAUUAGUAAUACACGCGUCUAAUUUCCAAUAAAAGUAGCUGCUUUGGUGAACAAAUUUG